UGUUUCUUUCUCUCCAUUCUGCCAUCCUUGGGGUUGGUUUUGUCUUCACAGACAUUGGCCUUAUUAGCCAAAUUAGUUUAAAACAUCACUGCAAAGAGAAAAUCAUUGCAAUGCCAGAAACAAAAACAAAACAAAAAAGGGUAUGAAAAAGAAAAGACAGCCAAAUAGAUGAAAAACAAUUCAAAAGGAAGUUGAAUCUGGCAGUUGGUCCUUAGAUGAAUUGAUCUUUGGUGAACCGCCCUUAGGCAAAAUGGUUUAAAAAAAAAAAAAAAAUUUUUUUUUUUUUACUUGAAGUGGACUGGUGCUAAGUGGGUGGCUGUGCUUUGGCUGGAGACACAAAUGGCAGACCAACACCACAGGCAGAUCUGCCAUUGUAGCUUCUGUGUCCCUUCUUAUAUCUCCACUGCCUUUGGUGUCUGCAUACGUCCAUAUCCAAUUCCUUGGGUCUUUGGGUCUGUAGGGCCUUCAUGUUCUCUUCUUCCCUGGCCAGUUGUACUAAAAGGGUUUGAGCUUGAAUUAGAUGACCUGAUGGCUUUACAGUCAAAAGUGGUGGCUCUAAGUGGGAGGAUGACAGGGUAAGCCGAACGUGUUUUGCUUCCCAGGAACUUUUUUUGCACAUGCGGACCUGCAGAGCUUCCGCCUGUACCCCUUCACCAAUGGCUGGCACCCCUUGUGGUGGCAGCAGAGGUCCUCUACUUCCUCUUCCUCCUCUACUACAUGGUGGUGCAGGGCAAGCUCAUGAGGAAGCUGAAAUGGUGCUAUUUCUGCAGCAAGUGGAAUCUUCUGGAGCUGGCCAUCAUCCUGGUCAGCUGGAGUGCCCUGGCGGUGUUUGUAAAGAGGGCUGUCCUGGCGGAGCGUGACAUCCAGCACUACCGGGGCCACAGGGAGGAGGGGAUCAGUUUUAGUGAAACGGCAGCAGCUGACGCUGCCCUUGGCUACAUCAUUGCCUUCUUGGUACUCCUGUCCACAUUGAAGCUACGGCAUCUGCUCAGGUUGAAUCCCAAAAUGAACAUGAUUACAUCGGCCUUGUGCCGCGCCCGGGGGGACAUCUCAGGCUUUAUCAUCGUCAUCCUUAUCAUGCUCCUGGCUUAUUCCAUCACGUCACACUUAAUAUUUGGUUGGAAACUUGUUUCCUACAAAACGCUCUUUGACGCGGCGGAAACAAUCAUCAGCCUUCAGCUGGGAAUCUUCAACUACCAGGAGGUUCUGGACGAUAGCCCAGUGCUUGGCUCCUUCCUGGUUGGGUCCUGCAUUGUGUUCAUGACAUUCGUGGUAUUGAAUCUAUUUAUCUCUGUUAUCCUGGUGGCCUUCAGUGAGGAGCAAAAAUAUCAUCAGCUGUCAGAGGAAGGAGAGAUUGCUGAUUUGCUGCUGAUGAAAAUACUCAGUUUCCUGGGCAUUAGAUGUAAAAGAGAGGCGCCUCAAAGCAGCACUGAGAAGUCUGGGGAGCUGACAGAAGCUGGGCCCCCUCAACCAGCACACGCUGCACCUAAGGUGGGGACUGCAUCCUUUAACAGGACUGGAGGGGCCCUGACUUCCCCAGGGCCCAGGGCUCAACGGCUCGGCAUCGCGCAGGAGUGGCCCAGCCACUCCGCCUCGAGCCUUUCUCACCGCAGGCCCCGCCCCAUGUGCUCGGCCCCCCGCACAUCGCCCUAUCCGGGACCGCUCCCGGCCCCGGAGUCCGCGCCCCUCGCGUACGGACCUAUCGGCCUCAGCCCGCCGGGUCCCGCCCCGCGCGGCGAUCCAGCCGGCUCGUUCCAGCCCGGGGCCGCGUCGCCCCGCCCCGCCCCGCCCCGCCCCGCCCCGCCGCCGGGAGCCUGA